GCGGUCAGAAACGGAACGUUGCACAAUAUUAUUGAAAAUCAUAAACAAAAGUCGUUAAAAUGAUACCAAAAGUGCUUGCUCCAUUGUUUUUAGCUGCCCUAACAAUUGCGGCCAAUUCAAUAGAGGAGAAAUGCAAGCACGCGGAUAGCUGCCAGCGCUGCCUGAAUGCGCAUUUAAACUGCGCUUGGUGCACGGACAGGAGCUAUGAUGGACAUACCCGCUGCCUAACGCGCGACUCUCUCCGCGCCGCUCUCUGCAACGAGACCCAAAUCUAUGAGAACGAGCCGGCGAUGGAUGUGUUGCAGCAGGCGCCGUUGAAGGAUUAUGUGCCGGGCGACGAUCAGGCCGUGCAGGUCUCUCCCCAACGCGUCUACCUCAAGUUGGUUAAAGGACACACGCAACGAAUUAAGCUGAACUAUCGGCCAGCACGCAACAAUCCACUCGAUCUAUAUAUGCUGAUGGACUUAACCUGGACGAUGCGCGAUGACAAGGACACGCUGGUGAAACUGGGCUCCGAAUUGGCGCAAACAUUGCGCAAUCUGACGGACAAUUAUCGGCUGGGGUUCGGUACUUUUGCAGACAAGCCAGCCAUGCCGAUGAUUAUGCCCCAGCUGCGUGAAAAUCCCUGCGCUCCGGAUCAUUGUGAGCCCACUUACGGGUUCCGUCAUAAAUUGCAGCUGACGGAGAACAUAGCCGAGUUCACUGAGGCUGUGGCUGGCAGCCAGGUGACGGGAAAUCUGGACAACUUAGAAGGUGGACUCGAUGCUCUGAUGCAGGUUAUUGUUUGCACUUCGGAGAUCGGCUGGAAGCAUAAGGCCAGGAAGGUGGUUCUACUGGUUACCGAUGGCUUCAUGCAUUUCGCUGGCGAUGGUCUCUUGGCGGGCAUAUCACAGCGAAAUGACAAGCAGUGUCACUUAGAUGGGGCGGGCGAGUAUACGGGCUCUCUCAUCUAUGACUACCCAUCGCUGGAGGAGAUCUACAGGGAGUUGUUGCGACGCAAGAUUAGCGUUAUAUUUGCUGUAACUAAGAAUGUGGUCGGCACAUAUCGCCAGCUGAGCGAGCUAAUGAAAGAGAUCAGCAAUGUCAAUAUACUCAGCACAGAUUCAUCCAAUAUAUUGGAGUUGCUGAAGAAGAGUUACCAGCGAUUGAUCAAUCGCACCCAGUUCACGGACAACAGUCCUAACUUCAUUCAACUGGACUAUUACACCGACUGUGGUGGUCAGUUUCUCAAUCUACGUAAGCAAAACUUUUGCAAAAACGUGGGCCUGGGCAAGGAAAUGGAAUUCUUUGUGGAUGUAACACUAAACGAUUAUCCAGAAUUGGAGAAUUAUACAUACAAAAUUCGGGUCGAGGAGGCUGCAUUGGAGGAGUUCAUGGAAAUAGAAGUGGAAUUGCAGCGACCGUGUCCGUGUCAGGAGGAGCCGCAGCCGAAUGAUGUGGAUGGACGCGCUCAGUGUGCAAACCAGGGCUAUAUGUAUUGUGGCAUGUGCAACUGUGAUGUGGGCUGGACGGGCAGCUUCUGCACUUGCCCCACCGACUCCACAAAUAUGACAACCAAUGAGGCAUUUCUGACGAUGUGUCGUCAGCCCGUCAGCCCCUCGAAUAAUAAGCCGACACUCUCGCAAGUCUGCUCAAAUCGUGGGGACUGCGACUGUGGCAGCUGCAUAUGCGAUCCGGGCUAUACGGGGAAGUACUGUGAGUGUCUUGAGUGUGAGGACUGCGAUGAGGAGCGCGCCGAUUGCUAUUGUGGACGGUGCGUGUGUAAGUACGGGUGGUCGGGAACGCGCUGCAAUUGCAAGGAAUCCACAGAUGGCUGCAUCGGACCCACAGGAGAGAUAUGCUCGGGUCGUGGCAGUUGCGAGUGCGGCACUUGUCAGUGUGAUGACGAGUUCUUCGGCAUGUUCUGCGAAAUCGAUACCAAGAAGGACAACAAAUUGUGCCAGUUCUAUGAGCCAUGUGUCACCUGCCUCAUCGAGCAGAAGCUCGAGCUGGGCACCUGUUCGAAUCUGACCGAUGUUUGUGCCGAUGCCGAAUACAACCAGCACUUCACGCACGUCUUUGUCGAAAAACUGAACAUUGAUGAGGUGCCGGUGCACUGUCUGGUGCGGACUGCGAACAAAUACAAUCCCGACGAAUACUGCGAUAGUUACUUUACCUAUCAGUUUAUCGAUCAGGGCAACUACUUGAUCAUAGAGGCCAAUGACUGUGACCCCAUCUAUUACUAUGCAGCAGCCGGUGUAAUUGGUUUCCUCACACUGCUUCUGGGUCUCUUGAUUAUCUGCAUAUGUCGCUGCUGUGUCCGUUUAAAGGAUGCCCGCGAAUAUGAACUCUUUAAGAAAGAAAUGGACAAACGAGUCGUCAUGGAGAACCCCAUUUAUAGAGAUCCCGUAGGACGCUACGAAGUACCUGAGAAAUUGAGUGUUAAAUACGAUGAAAAUCCAUUCGCCAACUAAAAGUGUGCAAAUAGUUCAAAUAAUUAGAGUUCAGCCAAACCA